UCACUUACUAAUAUGUUGGCAUUUAGAAGGUGGCAUUGCACAUUCUACUAUUGUGGCUGAAUUUCCAAAUGAUUUUAUCCUACGGAUAUGCAAUGGAAUCCACGUCCUAAUCAUAUUUCUAUCGCUAAGAAAUUAUCUUUGGAUGCAUUAUUAAUAACUACUGCAGAUGGUAAAUAUCACUUAGUCAACAGAAAUGGUCGCAUUGAAAAAAGUGUAGAUGCACAUAAAGGGGCAACAACAGUAGGAACAUGGAAUAAUGACGGUUCUGCAUUUUUGACUGCUGGUGAAGAUGGAUUGAUCAAGAUCUGGUCUCGAAGUGGUAUGCUCCGAUCUACAUUAUAUGGUGAAAGCAAAUCGCUUCCCAUAUUAACAUCAAGCUGGAGUCCUGACUGUUUAACUAUAUUGUACUCUCAGGGUACAAAUUUGAUUCUGCAAUCAUUUAAUUCUAAUAGCAAAUUAAAUAAGUGGCAUGCGCAUGAUAGUCUCAUACUUAUUACUUGCUAUGGCAACAAUGGUCUCAUACUUUCUGCUGGCGAAGAUUGUAAAUAUAAGAUGCGCUUUGAAUUAACAAAGCUUAAGCCGCAGUUGGAAGCAUCAGCGAAGGACACGGCAGAGACAUUAAGGCAGAUAGAAACAGAAGAUGCAAGCGUCAAACGAGCAACGAUCUUAGUAAAGAAAGACGAAAUACUGCAAAUACACAGGCCAAAAUCGCCAAGCAACUGA